CAAGUUCACAACUCGAAAAUACAAGCAGCUGUGGCUCGAUUGUCUUGCAGUACGCCUGGGAGAUUGUGCUUGUGUCCACCUACAUGAUGCGCAACGCUCUGAAUCUACCAACAGAAAUGGGAUGAACGGCGCAAGAUGUCGCGACACGCCCAUCCCAGUGCCUCAAUCCCCCGCCGAGCGUCGCAGUGGGCGUCGCAUCUACGGCAGACGAGCAGAGGCAGCACCGAACCUCCCGCUCCAUUGUUUGAGGGCCCGCGGUCGCCCGACACAGUCUCGAGCCAUUCGACGAUACGAGAGUCGCAGCAUCAGCAACAGCAGGCGCCAUGGCGCUUCUCGAACAGGGUCUGCACCGUCACGAUCAACGAGUCAAUCAACCAGGAUGACAUCCUGCUCAACCUGGACCAUUUUGGCGGUACCGUUAAGCCCGGCAUGCUCAUGUCCAUCACGGCGUGUAAGUCGGACCAGGAGCGGCCCGGGGCCGGCAUAUUCGGAGCGUCGAGGUCAAUCUCGUUCCAGCGGCUGCGCGAAGCCGAGAUCAAUGCGGCUCGUAACCAGAACCCGGAGGUUGAUCCUGACCGCAAAUACAUAUUCGUGGCCAAGGACAUGUCGAAGCAGAUGAAGGCAUCGCAGCCAAGCGUCGAGGUGUACAUUGCCAAGCAUAUCGGCGAUGCGUUCAAUAUGCGGCGGGGCACCCAGGUCGUUCUCGCUCUCGUCGACGAAGAUGCACCGGCUGUCGAGGCGUCCCACGUCGAGCUCACAUUCAAGGAUAUGUAUCUGUCCCGCGCCGAUAUGUGGAGACUCGCAGUCAACGACCUCGCCGAGCGGACAGUGUACAAGGGCCAGGUGAUAUACUUCAUGGGAACCAUCAAGGCGGUUGUGUCGACGGUCUUUGUCGACGGGCGCAAGGUCCACUCGGCAUUCUUUGGCAAAGAAACUCGUCCAGUGUUCCGCAGCGAGUCCGCCCGCUAUGUCCUCUUCAUCCAGAUGGCGCGUGAGAUGUGGGACUUUGAUGCGGAUGGGUCAGGCGAGGUUCUCUUUUACAAGGUCGUCAACGGGUUUCUCCCUGCGCUGUUCAAGAAGUGGGCUAUGAUGCAGGUCAAGCAUCUCGUCAGCAUAGUCCUCUUCGCCCGCGUUGAGUACGACGUGGGCAUCACGGCCGACCUGGCGAACACGAACAUGCACGACUACUACACGGGAUUCCAGACAACCGGCAACAAACGGCCCUACAAAGACUUCUAUCGCGUCGUAGUCAGUGAGAUGUCAAGUGGUGAAUGGACAACGAUCCUCCGCACGUUGAAGCGCGAACACAACAACUUCCGGCGUGACAUUAGCAUUCACCACGAGGACAUUGCAAACCAGGCCAUGGGAAUCCCAGAGGAUGUCAAUGCAAAGGGGAGCGCGUCAAGCAGCAGGGUUCGGGCUGAAUCAUCCCUUGCGAUGCAUGGCAACUUCCUCGAAGCCAUCAACUUGGCGUCUCUGGUUUACUCGCGAGACCACAUCGACCGUGACUUGCUGCGGACGGGCAUCUCGGUGGUUGUGAUUAGUCCAGGCUCUGGAGUCUUUGAAGUUGAGCACGAGGCGCUUCGCCGGUCGACAGAAGCGUUGAUUAGCAACGGCAUUGGCAUAGAUCUCAUAUGUAUCGGCAGUAUACCUCUGCACUCUGUGCCUCUGUUCCGUUACCGUAACCCACACUUCAAUGUAGGGCAACAGCGGUCAAGAGCCCGAUCGCUGCGCAGCAGAGAUAGCACGCCCAAACAGCCGACCCCGCUAGUCGGCAGCUACACGACUCUCUCUGGGUCUGUGUCCCCUACAAAAGCUGGAGAAAGCUCUAGCAGGCAUGCUCUGGUAGCUGCCAGGCUGAACAAUGAAGAAUGGGCGUUCGCGAUACCCCAAUGGCUGCACGUCUCGUAUUGGACAGGCAAGACAGAGGGCGCCCUUUCAUAUCAGGGUAUCGCCUUGACCACCACGGGACACGACAUUGCAGGCAACGACGAGGAGUUCGCUGUACGAUGCAGGCUGUAUGAUCUCCAGAUGCGCAGCGUGCUGGACACCAACGAGAUUGAGACGCCGCAGCUGCACACAGACCCGGCUUUUCCGAAUAUCGCAGGCACGCUGGAAAGGGACAGAGACCGAGAUCGCAAGUCGCUUGCCCCUGGAACGGUGGCAGGCAAUGGGCACGCGACCACGAAAAACCACGAGACUUUGCUUGAGCACGUAUAUGGCUUUCAUAAAUUCAAUGCCGAGAGAAUGUCCAAGAGUGCGGAAGCUCCACUGUGGAAGAAGCUUCAGCAGUUUGACGAAAGCAGAGCACGACUGCCAGCCUCGCGGGCAACCUCGACAAAGCUCAAGGUGUAUGCCGAUCUGGAGGAGAGUACGCGGAAGCGGCUGAGCGAGGACGCCGGCUUGUUUGGCACAUCUGUAAAUGGCCGGAAAACAGACAUUCCAACGGUCAACUUGUCCACCAGCGUAGCAUCAUCCACUACGUCCCGUAUGGGAUCACUGGAACGAUCGACCUCUGAGACGCUAUCAAUGUUCAAACCCUCGGCACGGAGAGACUCCACAGCAACCAUACAGUCGAAACACCUUGCUCCGCGAACUCCAAAGUUCAUCAGACAGAUCAGUCUUGGUCAGCGUGGCUUUGGCAUCGCCGCGCCCAAGGCUGCGAUUGCCGAGCUGAAGACCGAGACGGUGAUUGCGACGCCGAUUACUGAUCGGAUGAUAAGAUCGCCCUCCACGACAACGCUAACGUCCAUGAAGACUGUCUCGAGAGCACAGUCACCAAAGAGGGUAUCAGCUGCACCCGAGCUGACGUACGCCGGUUCCAGCCUAGCAGAUCAGCUUGACGACAUUGCGCCCAGCACGCCCAGCCGGCCAAUUCUGAUCAAGAGCUCCGUCUCGGCUAUCGACCCUAUACGCACCCUCAGAAGUACGGCUGAGCCAGCUCCUGCACGGAUCGCGCGGCCGGAUGACCGCGAUGUCAGGUCUUCGAGCGUUCUACGAGCCGAGGAUGACCAGAAGAUGGUGUACUCCAAGCUCAGAGCCGGUGGUCUAACAGAGCUGCCUUCGACAUUGUCCCCCACGACUGCCCUUGCACCUUGGCUUGUGGUUUUAAAUCCCUCGAAUCCCGAGGCAAACAAGGUCGACGACUCAGUCCUGUUCAGUCGCUGGCAACACGUCUUCCCACGGCCCAGCGAGAUGAGCGUGAUGAAGUGGAAGUCUUUGUCGUCGCCCGCCGCAGUGCCAUUGACCACGGAGUAUUUCCCUGCGAAGGAGCAAUUCGAUACCGAGUACCAGCGGCAGCCAUACACGGUAUCGCAGAAUCUCGACGACGAAUAUGGUGAUGAAACGAGAUCACGUGAGGAUCUUCUGAGGGAGCUCAUCAAUGCUCGUUUCGCGCUCGGUUUCCAGGUCGUUGUUGGUCCCUCCGUGGCCAAAGCCUUUGGACAGAAGACAGUGAAAGCAGCAGAUCUCUUGUCGCGCGUGAAACCAUUGGACGAUGGGACUAGCAUCUUCAUGAGCAUUGGAAACACAAUACACCAGCUGUCUUGUGCCAAUGGGACCGAGGUCGACGUGAACAUCUAUACGCGAAAGCCCACGACGUCGACCCAGAGCGGCGACACGUACCGCACGUACAAGCCGGCGAUCAGGACACUUUAUGAUCCUUGCUAUGUUGCCACUGAGCGCGACAUCUGGGCCACGCAGCCCGAUCGCAACUGGAACUUUAUUGACUCGUUCUUGGCUGGGCACACGGAAGAGAUGACGGACAACCUGCGAUUUUGGAGGGCUAGAUUUGUCCUGAUUCCUGUGAAUGGGCACUCUGCGGCGAAGGAGCACAGCGCGGGACACGGAGUCGAUGACGAAGAAGAAACCCGCCUCGAAGGCAUCAGGAAGCUGUCACAGCUCUGGCUAAAGCAUCGCUACUUGCCGCCAUCGGAACGGCAGUUCCAGAGUGGUGGAGAUCCAAAUCCGCUGGAUAUCGUCUACAACACCGAGGACGCCUCGACCGUGAUCGCCGCUGAGCUCGAGUCUUUGCCCCUGGUCGAAGGUGCAGACCAGUCGAUGCGCAAACCGCACUUGGUAUCGACCAAGGACCGGUUCUCAAAGACGAACUUCAACCUGGCUCAACUGGCGGAGGCCAUCCAGCAGCCGGUCGAAUCCGGUGGCAUUCGCAUGCAGACUCGACGCUGGCAUCUACAGCGUUAUACCAACUGUUUCAUCGGCUCGGAAAUGACGACAUGGCUGCUCACCAACUUUGAAGAUUUGGAAAAUCGCGAGGAAGCGAUCGACUUUGGCAACUCGCUCAUGUGUUCUGACGACGACAAGACCAGAUCAAAAGACAAGGACAAUGCCAAGGACAGCAAGAAAGACCGUGAUAGUGGCAUCUUUGUCCACGUCGACCGGAGACAUAAUUUCCGCGAUGGUCAAUACUUUUACCGCAUCGUCGGCGACUACUCUAAACCAAGCGUACCCGGCUGGUUCAACUCGCGGAAGAAGGACCACUCCGUUCCUGCGACCCCGAUCGCCGAGAACCUGCCGCAGCCCACGCCACGAAUUGGGUUUGCAGACCCAUCACGGCCGACGUCUGUUCAUGAGACUAACUCUCCGAGAUCCGAUGCAACAACGCCCACUUUGCAGUCGGUAGGAGGAAGGAGACCCAGAGUCAUGCUGAGCAAGAUGAUCAAGUACGAUGUCGAUCACCGCAGGCGGUCGUACCGCCCAGAGAGAGUCAACUUGCACUAUGAUCGUCUUCACAACCCAGACAACUGCUACCACAUCCGACUGGACUGGGUGAAUGUGACUGCCAAACUCAUCGAAGACGCUCUCAAGGGUUGGGCAAGCUUAGCCAGCCAGCAUGGACUUCGCCUCGUCGAGGUACCCAUCUCAGAAGCUUGCAGGAUCUCCGAUGUCAAUCCGUUCCGACGACCGAUUCACGUCAGACUGGCGCUGCCGCCGCCGAGCCAGCGCCCAGUCACUUUCUAUUAUCCAAACAUGACCACUCCUCAGCAGCAGCCCGGCAAGCACUACUACCAGCGAGCACUCCUGCGCAAGUUUGACUACGUGUUAGACUACGAGGCUGCAUCCGCCUUCCCGAGUAACGUCAGUGUCUCGUAUUCCUGGGGCGCACCCGACUUCAAAUACGUUCAGUAUAUCCAUCGCUCCGGGAUGUUGCUCGCACAGGUUGGCGACAAUGGGGACAUCUACAUUGCCGCGAACCGCCUGUAUAGUAACAGGGCGACCUCGCAACAAACAAGCCAGGUCCGAGUCGGCGCUGAUGUACAAGCUCAGCCACCGACCAAUGAUCGUGUGGCACAGCUUAUGCACUCAUCCGCGCACACCAACCUGCGCGCAGUCGAAGGCACGCCCAUCUCAUCACCAAUGUUCCGCCCGGUCCUCUUCGCGUCUCCGCACAAUCGCGCACAGCAGUAUGCAGACAUUACUACGACCCUGGGUGGCCCCGCGGCGAGCGCCAAUGCAGGUCCGGGCUUUGGGCCAGGAGCUCACCCUGGAGCCAAGCCCCUGCCGACGUCUGGAAUAUACUCGGAUCUGACGGCCGAGGCACGCAUCAAUGAGCUAGCGCGGUUCUGCGCAGACCCGAAGCUGCUCGAAGCGUUUUACAAGGAGACGCUCGAGCACGGCACCCAAGCCACGCCGGCCAGCGUGCCUGCCACGAUCCCUGAGGAGGACGGCGGGGACAACAGCCUCGCGGACAUCAACAUCCCCGCUCUAGGCCUGCCUCCGGGAGUGCUCGAUUAUACUGGAGGCGGAGGCUCCGGCAGUGGUCUAGGAGGCGGCGGGAGCAGCACCUUUGGGUCCGCCGGGGGAGGCGGACUAUUGGGUGGCGGCGAGUCGCUGCUGACGAUGGGCACGGGCUCGAGGUCGGGCACACCAAACUCGACGACUGGUGGCGGUAUUGGGCCACCUCCAGAGCCGCGAUCGCUAUUCCUGAGGAGGGCGAGCGUGCAGCACAAUUAGAUGUCGUCGGAUGUCGCUGGGUCAUUGUGUCCAUACGCGUGUCUGCAUAUAUAUAAUAUAUAGGGUUGGAGAGGUGGAGGCCAGGCAGAUCUUGAUCGCGAUGUGUAUAUAUACUCUGUCACCCUAUAUGUACUAAUACCCGCUGAUAUUAAUCUUUUGUGAUGACAGAAAUCUGAUCAUGG